UGCGGGCGGGCGGAGCGCGGGGCCGCGGGCGCGGGCGGGCGAGCACGCGCGGGGCCGGCGGCACUUCGAGGCACUGACGUUUAACCGCCCGCGCCCCCCGCCCCCGGCGCCCGGGCCCCGGUUGGCCGUCGCCAAGCCCCCGCCCCUCCCCCGGAGGCCUCCCGGCCGGAACCGAUCGGGGCUGGUUUGAGCUGGUGCGUCUCCAUGACGACGCGCGCGGUAUAAGUAGCGGCGCGGCGCGCAGCCGGCUUUGUCAGUCCCUGCAGCCGCCGCCGCCGGCCGCCCUCAGCCAGCAGCUCGGCGCCACCUCGGGCCGGCGUCUCGGGCGGGCGGGAGCGAGGCGGCUGACGGGCGCGGCGGGGGCGGCGGGCGGCCGAGCGCUCCUCCGGCUCCGGCUCCGGCUCGGGCUCGGGAUCGGCGCGGCGAGGCGCGGUGCGGCGCGGCGAGGCGCGGUGCGGCGCGGCUCGGCGGCGGCAUCUCCAUGGGUCCGGCCCGCGGCGCCCGGGCGCUCUGAGACUGUUUCCACUGCUGGUCUGAGGACACAGGAUUUGGAUUGUGAGAAGCUGGAAAUAAUUUGUUUAAAUUUCAUCUCUUAGUUUUCCAUCUUGUUGCAUUUCUGAGGCACAUCAAGAAGCCAUGAACAGCUUCAGUAAUGAAGAGUUCGACUGCCACUUCCUCGAUGAAGGCUUCACUGCCAAGGACAUUCUGGACCAAAAAAUCAAUGAAGUGUCGUCUUCUGAUGAUAAGGAUGCCUUUUAUGUCGCAGACCUUGGAGACAUUCUAAAGAAACAUCUAAGAUGGUUAAAAGCUCUUCCUCGUGUCACCCCCUUUUAUGCAGUCAAAUGCAAUGAUAGCAGAGCCAUAGUGAAGACCUUAGCUGCCAUUGGGACAGGGUUUGAUUGUGCUAGCAAGACUGAAAUACAGUUGGUGCAGAGUCUCGGAGUGCCUCCAGAGAGGAUUAUCUAUGCAAAUCCUUGUAAACAAGUGUCUCAAAUUAAAUACGCUGCCAGUAUUGGAGUCCAAAUGAUGACUUUUGACAGUGAAGUCGAGUUGAUGAAAGUUGCCAGAGCUCAUCCAAAGGCAAAGUUGGUUUUGCGGAUUGCCACUGAUGAUUCCAAAGCAGUCUGUCGCCUCAGUGUUAAAUUUGGUGCCACACUCAAAACCAGCAGACUUCUUCUGGAACGAGCUAAAGAAUUAAAUAUUGAUGUCAUUGGUGUUAGCUUUCACGUGGGGAGUGGCUGCACUGAUCCUGAGACCUUCGUGCAGGCCAUCUCUGAUGCCCGCUGUGUCUUUGACAUGGGAGCUGAGGUUGGUUUCAGCAUGUAUCUACUUGAUAUUGGUGGUGGCUUUCCUGGAUCUGAGGAUGUGAAGCUUAAAUUCGAAGAGAUCACCAGUGUGAUCAACCCAGCACUGGACAAAUACUUUCCAUCAGACUCUGGAGUGAGGAUCAUAGCUGAGCCAGGCAGAUACUAUGUUGCCUCAGCUUUCACGCUUGCAGUUAAUAUCAUUGCCAAAAAAAUCGUUUUAAAGGAACAGACAGGCUCUGAUGAUGAAGAUGAGUCAAGUGAACAGACCUUUAUGUAUUACGUGAAUGAUGGAGUGUACGGAUCAUUUAAUUGCAUCCUUUAUGAUCACGCACACGUGAAGCCCCUGCUGCAGAAGAGACCUAAACCAGAUGAGAAGUACUAUUCAUCCAGCAUAUGGGGACCAACAUGUGAUGGCCUUGAUCGGAUUGUUGAGCGGUGUGACCUGCCUGAAAUGCAUGUAGGUGAUUGGAUGCUUUUUGAAAACAUGGGCGCAUACACUGUUGCGGCUGCUUCUACUUUCAAUGGAUUCCAGAGGCCAACUAUCUAUUAUGUGAUGUCAGGACCAACAUGGCAAUGUAUGCAGCAAAUCCAGAACCAUGGCUUCCCACCCGAAGUGGAGGAGCAGGACGUCGGCACUCUGCCUGUGUCUUGUGCUCAGGAAAGCAGCAUGAAACGUCCCUCAGCAGCGUGUGCCUCCACUAGUAUCAAUGUGUAGAUGCCACUCUUAGCUGUUCACUGCAAGUUUAGCUUAAGUUAAGGAAUCUGGGGGGACCAUUUAACUUAAUUACUGCUAGUUUUGAAUGUCUUUGUAAGAGUAGGGUUGGCACAGAUGCAGCAAUAUGGAGGACUAGAAGAUGGGGUCACACUUAUCUGUGUUCCUAUGGAAACUAUUUGAAUAUUUGUUUUAUAUGGAUUUUUAUUCACUUUUCAAACAAGCUACUAAAGAGUGCCCCCUUAGCUGCCCAGCAAGCAUUUGUAGCUUGUACAAUGGCAGAAUGGGCCAAAAGCUUAAUGUUGUGACCUGUUUUGAAAAUAAAGUAUCUUGAAA